AUGGCUGACGAAUACAACGCCGAGGAGGCCGCUGAGCUCAAGAAGAGAAGAGCGUUCCGCAAGUUUUCCUACCGAGGAAUCGAUCUUGACAACCUCCUAGACCUCAGCUCCGACCAGCUGCGUGAUGUUGUCCACGCCCGCGCCCGCCGCAGGAUCAACCGUGGCCUGAAGCGCCGCCCUAUGGGUCUGAUCAAGAAGCUCCGCAAGGCUAAGCAGGAGGCCAAGCCCAACGAGAAGCCUGACUUGGUCAAGACUCACCUUCGCGACAUGAUUGUCGUCCCCGAGAUGAUUGGUAGCGUCAUUGGUAUCUACUCAGGCAAGGAGUUCAACCAGGUGGAGAUCAAGCCUGAGAUGGUUGGCCACUACCUCGCUGAAUUCUCUAUCUCAUACAAGCCUGUCAAGCACGGCCGACCCGGUAUUGGUGCCACCAACUCUUCUCGCUUCAUUCCCCUCAAAUAA